AUGAUAGCAUGCCUCACCUCAGAGCUUCACAAGAGCAAUCACAGUCGAAAGAGCAAAUUGAUUCAACAAUCGCUAUUCUUUUUCACCGCUAACCGCGCCAUGAACAGUGUUCAGAGUCGAUUCUGUAACAGGAAAAUGCUAAGACCGCCAAUGCCGCAUCCACAGGAUAAGCAUUCAUUUACCUUUCAAAGAGCCUUUAUCCCGCAGCAUCUUAAGUAUGCUACAAAGAGGAAAGGGCUAUGCGCAAGAAAGACAUUCAAUAGCAAGCGCCAUCAAGAGACAUGGAAAAAGAGCAAGCCAAGACUUUCACAAGAAAGCUGGACUUAG